AUGCCGGGAACCGUCAAGGUCAAGGAUGACUCCUUGAAGAGGAAGCGCACCAAGAGCUCCGAACAGUCGAACAAGCGGACGAGGGCCGGAAGCAGCGACGAAGACGAAAACCCCCAGACAGAGAUCCUGCUCCUCGAAAGCGAGAUCCUCGAAUCCAAAAAGAACUAUAACAACAUCGCGACCCUUUUGGAGCUUGCGCGGAAGACGGAUGAUACAGAUUCGGCCCUGUUCGCAGCUGUCUCCCUGUGCAGAGUGUUCCUGCGACUGCUUGCGUCUGGAAGCUUGAAGAGGAGAGGGGGACAGUCGGUGAAGGAUGUUGUCAUCGUGAAAUGGCUUAGGAGUAGGCUCAGCGACUACAAACAGAUUAUUGUCGCUACCCUGGCCGACGAAGAGUCUGCAUCGACAGCCUUGACUCUGGCCAUGCGCAUCCUAAAGGCUGACGGUCAAGCCGCCGGCGACAAGAGCGAAUCUAGCUUCCCCAAUGCAUUUUUGAAAGAGAUUGUGGAGGCACUGGUUCGCAAGGGAUCAGAAGAUGUCCGACAGGAGUUUUGCGAAAAGUUCAUGGCAGGGUUCGCCGAUAUUCGCUACUAUACAUUCAAGGCAUCAAGGGACAUUCUAUCUGGAGAGUCUUCGACGCGAGGCGACGAAGAGUUGUUCGACAGUUCUUUCAACUUGUUGGCAUCUUUGGAGGUGCCUGACAGUGCUGAAGACCUGGGCGACUUGUACGUUGAAUCGACCAAGAAGAGUAAUCCGGCCAUGUCACUCAAUCAGCAAAAGAAGCAAGCUCAAGGGGCUUGGCUCGCUGUGCUCAACCUCGAACCCAAUCGCCAACAAAGGAAGAAGGUGCUAGAGAUCAUGACCAGAUCUAUAGUGCCUUGGUUUCCUCAGCCGGAGCGCUUGAUGGACUUCCUCACCGAUUCGUACAACAGCGGAGGCGCUACCUCCUUGCUGGCUCUGUCGGGCGUCUUCUACCUCAUCACGAAGCGAAACCUUGAUUAUCCAUCUUUCUAUCGGAAAUGCUACGCACUGUUAGAUUCCGAUUUCCUUCAUUCGAAACACAGGAACAAAACCAUCCGGCUGUUAGACACCUUCCUUAACUCGACCCAUCUUCCAGCGGUGAUGAUUGCGAGCUUCAUAAAAAGAAUGGCCACCCUGUGUGUCAAUGCUCCGCCUGCUGCGAUUGUGGUUGUUAUCCCUUGGAUAUACAAUUUGUUCAAACGGCAUCCCCUCUGCACCUUCAUGAUUCAUCGUGUGAUGCGCAGUCCGGAAGAGAAGGCACGUGUGGAAAGUGAAGGAAUGGACGAUCCAUUCAUCGCCGACGAAGAAGAUCCUAUAGAGACACGAGCCAUUGAUAGUUGCUUGUGGGAAGUCGUGCAGCUGCAGAGUCACUUCCACCCCAACGUAGCAACCAUCGCGAAAAUCAUCUCCGAGCAGUUCACUAGGCCGAGUUACAACCUUGAGGAUUUCUUGGAUCAUUCAUACAGCAGUCUUCUCGAAGCCGAACUAUCGAAACAGGUGAAGAAGCCUCCUGUCGUGGAGUUCAUGAUACCCAAGAGAGUAUUCUUGCCUCAGGAUCCUUCAUCAGGAGUCGAUGACAAUCUCCUCGUCAAGAUGUGGGACUUUCAAUGA